AUGUCGCCUCUGGGCCCGUCGCCUCCACUGAAGGAUUAUCGACCUGGACUGAUCAAACUGUUCGUCGCUGUUAUUCUAUCACCGGACAUGCCGACCACACGUAGUCAAGCUGCGUUGGCUUCUGCGGCAUCGUCGUCGGGAUCUGCUUCUCCCCCUCACUUCCCGGGGCUGCUGCCCCUUAUCAUGAACAUGCCUCGCCUUGACAAUAACCAGCGUCGUCCAUUUCAGGCUCGCAAUCUGCAACAGCAGCAACAACAAUCGUCGUCUACCACACCGGCGCGUCCUCUCGCCCCUGGCUCAUUUGUUGUCGUUGUUCGUUGUAGAGAUUGCAGUGCCCUUUUGAGGCUCAUUUGUUGUCGUUGUUCGUUGUAG